AUGUGUGCCCUGGUUCUGCAAGAGUUCCGGGUUGGAGUUCUGGCCUGUGGUCGGGCAGUCCAAGGGGCUGGAUGGCAUGCUGUUCCCAAGUUUGGCUCAGCGUCUGGGCCCAAUAACAGCGUUGCCAAGGGAGCAGCUUUCUGUCCUGGCCACUCUGAGGUGCAGAGCGUAAGAUCCAUGUUGCCCUACACUCUGAUCACAGUGUUUUUGAUCGGCAUCCAAGCAGAACCAUACCCAGCAAGCAAUGUCCCAGCAGGAGACGCCGUCCCCCAAGCCCACUGGACUAAACUUCAGCACUCACUCGACACAGCCCUCCGCAGAUCCCGCAGCGCCCCUGCAGCGCCGAUAGCCGCCCGGGUGGCAGGGCAGACCCGCAACAUCACUGUGGACCCCAGACUGUUUAAGAAGCGACGACUGCGGUCACCCCGCGUUCUGUUUAGCACCCCCCCACCCAUCUCCACGGACACUCAGGACCUGGACGUGGACUUCCAGGUCGAUGGCGCUGCCUCCCUCAACAGGACUCACAGGAGCAAGCGGUCAUCCACCCACCCUGUCUUCCACAUGGGGGAGUUCUCUGUGUGUGACAGUGUCAGCGUGUGGGUUGGGGACAAGACCACCGCCACGGACAUCAAGGGCAAGGAGGUGACGGUGCUGGGAGAGGUGAACAUUAACAACAGUGUAUUCAAACAGUACUUUUUUGAGACCAAGUGCAGGGACCCCAACCCUGUGGAGAGUGGGUGCCGGGGCAUUGACUCCAAGCACUGGAACUCAUAUUGCACCACGACCCACACCUUUGUCAAGGCGCUGACCACCGAUGACAAACAGGCUGCCUGGCGGUUCAUCCGGAUUGACACAGCCUGCGUGUGUGUGCUCAGCAGAAAGACCGCCAGGCGAGGCUGACCUGCCAAAGCCCCCCUCCCACCUGCCCCUCCACA